GCGAUACGUACCUAUUUACAUCGAGUAAAAUAAAUAAAAUUCGCGUGUGACCACGCCUGUUUGUCCGUCGGGUCCGUUGUGAUCGACGUCCGACGCCGAGUUGACAUCGAGCGUCCGUUCUCGUGUAUUUACCCCGUGAGCGUGUCCCGUUUUACCCUCCGCGUGUCGCGAGUGUUUGCCACGGAAGUACGUAAAUAUUAUACUAAUUUCGCGUUCCCUCUACUCGCGUGGAACCACGGGCCAUCAUCGUCGAACGACGAGCUGAAGAUUUGUCCGCCGUCGACGUUCUGGCGAGGGACCGAUAUUGGUCGGCACCAAGGAUCGACGCAGUCGUCGAAUAUUUAUAUAAUUUGAACUUUAGACUAAUUGUCCAAAAAUUGGUAUCUUAGACAUAUAUGGUUUUGAAAUGCUUAAACUAAACAGCUUUGAACAUUUUUGUAUCAAUAACGCCAAUGAAAAACUUCAACAGCAAUUUAAUUUACAUGUAUUCAAACUUGAAAAAGAAGAAUACCAAAACGAAGGAAUUGAAUGGAAGUUGAUUGAUUUUUAUGAUAACCAACCUGUAAUAAAUCUGAUUGAAUCUAGGUUAGGUAUACUUAUCUUCUUGAUGAAGAAUGUCGAAUGCCUGAAGGAUCAGAUGCAUAUUGGACUCUUCAAAAAUAAAUAA